CCUAGACCGGUACCUCUGUGUUCUGGAGCCUGCCGCCCCCGCACGGGAAGGCUCAGCUCCGGACUUGCAGCACCGCCUCCUCUUUAGCCAGACCAGGCAAGAGGAUAGGGUGACCAGGCACGACCCGGGUCGCUGUCCCCUGCUGUCUUGCCGGUCUCCGGAGGUACUAGCUGGAGGAGCGCUCUCUUAGCGCUGUCCUGGGCCAGCUGGUGACCCUAGGCUACGUCCAGAGCCUGCUUUCCCCGACUGGCACAACUCCCCAGGGCGCUCCGGUCCGUUGCACAGCGCCCCGAGGGGGUGUCCCAGUAAGUGAUGGAACUGGCUACUAUGAACCUCACUGAAGGGAAUGGGAGCGACCCAGAGCCUUUAGCCCCGGAGUCCAGACCGCUCUUCGGCAUCGGCGUGGAGAACUUCAUCACGCUGGUGGUGUUUGGCCUGAUUUUCGCGAUGGGCGUGCUGGGCAACAGCCUGGUGAUCACCGUGCUGGCGCGCAGCAAACCGGGCAAGCCGCGCAGCACCACCAACCUGUUCAUCCUCAACCUGAGCAUCGCAGACCUGGCCUACUUGCUCUUCUGCAUCCCCUUCCAGGCCACCGUGUACGCGCUGCCCACCUGGGUGCUGGGCGCCUUCAUCUGCAAGUUUAUACACUACUUCUUCACCGUGUCCAUGCUCGUGAGCAUCUUCACCCUGGCCGCGAUGUCUGUGGAUCGCUACGUGGCCAUUGUGCAUUCGCGGCGCUCCUCCUCCCUCAGGGUGUCCCGCAACGCGCUGCUGGGCGUGGGCUUCAUCUGGGCGCUGUCCAUCGCCAUGGCCUCGCCGGUGGCCUACCACCAGCGCCUUUUCCAUAGGGAUAGCAACCAGACCUUCUGCUGGGAGCAGUGGCCCAACCAGCUCCACAAGAAGGCUUAUGUGGUGUGCACUUUCGUCUUUGGCUACCUUCUGCCCUUACUGCUCAUCUGCUUUUGCUAUGCCAAGGUCCUCAAUCAUCUGCAUAAAAAGCUGAAGAACAUGUCAAAAAAGUCAGAGGCGUCCAAGAAAAAGACUGCACAGACCGUCCUGGUGGUCGUUGUGGUGUUCGGCAUAUCCUGGCUGCCCCAUCAUGUUGUCCACCUCUGGGCUGAGUUUGGAGCAUUCCCGCUGACCCCAGCUUCCUUCUUCUUCAGGAUCACUGCCCAUUGCCUGGCAUACAGCAACUCUUCAGUGAACCCCAUCAUAUACGCCUUUCUCUCAGAAAACUUCCGGAAGGCGUACAAGCAGGUGUUCAAGUGCCAUGUUUGCAACGAAUCACCUCGAAGUGAAGCUAAAGAAAACAAGAGCCGGAUAGAUACCCCACCAUCCACCAACUGCACCCACGUGUGAAGGUUUGCCGGAGCCUCCUGUCCUCUGGCUCCCACGUGUGUUAGAGAGAGGAGGGCGUAGUGAACUAUCAAGUAACACGGCAGCUUGUUCUCCUGACAGCAAUUCCUCUCAUUCUAACUAUAAUUCCACAGUGGUAAAAAGUACUUUGAUUGUUCAGGGAACUCCUGGGUUCACUGAAGAUUAUUUUUCAAUUUCAUUGCACUUUAUAAUUGUAAUUAUGAAACAAAAAGAAACUUCUGUGUAGUUUUAUCUCUCAAGGAAUGAAAGUCCAAUAGCACUGUACAAAUAUGUUCUGAUCUCCACGGUAUAAAGCAAGUUCUAUAAAGUAGUGAAGGAUAUUUGAAAUCCACAUUUGAAGGCCAGUUAAUAUAGGGAAAAGUUCUUUUUUUUUUAAUUUUGAGAGGAGAGGUAAUAUUCUAGUCUGUGCUUUAAAAUACACUUGUGGACACAGAAUAGUGAAUUUUAUUUUAUUGAACUUUUGUGGACUGGCACUUC